AUGUCUCUCUUUCCAGUUGCCAACGAUCCUCCUACUAAGCUGGGCAUCUAUCGUGUCCUGUCCUCUCGCGCAGGGGUGAGAGUAUCUCCUUUGGCCCUUGGUGCUAUGAGUAUCGGUGAUAAAUGGGGGCCGCAUGGUAUGGGUUCGAUGCAUAAAGAGUCUAUGAUAUGGGCGGAAAUUUCAUCGAUACUGCGAAUGGAUAGACGAGUCAUCCGAAUAGUUCAUUGGACUGACGAGGCUCCUUCGCAGUACACCACAAACUACAAACGGGGAAACGACGCGAUCGCACAAAAGCGUGGAAGCGAUCUGAAGAAACUCCGUACGUCGUACAUCGACAUUCUAUACCUUUAUUGGUGGACUUCGAUACCGGAAGUCAUGGGCAGCCUUCAUAAUCUCGUCACUGCACGGAAGGUUCUCUACCUCGGCAUCUCUGACACUUCCUCGUGGGUCGUCGCCCUAGCUAACCAAUACGCCAUUGAUCACGGAAAGACCCCAUUCGUCGUCGAUCAAGGUAGAUGGAGCAUUUUGGACCGCUCGUUGGAACGCGAGAUCGUUCCCAUGGCCAAAACAUUGGGUUUGGCGAUCUCUCCCCGGGGUGUACUCGCCGAAGGGAAGAUGCGCACGGAUGCGGAUGAACAGCGACGAAGGGAGACGGCGCUGGAGAAGGUAGCUACAGAGAUCGGUGUUGGGGACAACAUCACAGCCGUCGCGAUCGCGUAUGUCAUGCAGAAAGCACCCUAUGUUUUCCCAAUCAUCGGAGGCCGAAAAGUGGAACAUCUCAAGGCGAACAUGAAGGCGCUGGACAUCUCGUUGUCUAAGGAACAGAUUGAGUAUUUGGAUGAUAUUGUGCCUUUUGACCCUGGUUUCCCUACGACGGCGAUUGGUGACGGAAGUAGUUACAAUAUCUUCCUUGCGUCGACCGCCAAAAUGGCGAAACUACCAACCUUGCAACCUAUCAAGCCCUGAUUACUUGUUGCUUUGAGGGGUUGACGCCUCCUCCCUGCGUUGAUUACAUCUGUAACUCAUGUACACACUUUUUCAAUCAGAAAUCAAUUUUAGUAGCUACAAAGAAGAAUCAAAUUUAUCCAUCCCGUUUUUGUCGUGUUCACAGUACAAGAAAUUGGGCACUAUCGCUGCGUAUCGCACCAUGGCAUCCUGUAGUUUGUUCGUAUCAAUGUUACUCCAAGGGUUCCACUUUCUGGAGCAUCCAUUUCAUGGGAGGUGAACUUAACCCACUCCUCGGCGAGCUAAAGUAUAGG